GCCAAAGUGAGGCGAUCCUUGUUGUGCGCCGUUUUCAGCUGCCUUCAGCCCAGCGGGCACCUUCGUGGCCCACCCAAGUUAGGCCCGGAGAGGCCAGGGCUCCUUCUCCGAAGCUUUCGUGCGCCCUUCCCUUCAAUCGAAUUCCCCGGCCGUGUAACCCGAGUCGCGGGCCGGCGCGGCUCAGCGCAGCGGGGGCGGGCUUUGGCGGCCACUUUCUUCGUGAUUGACGCCCGCGGGCUCGCUCCUCCUCCCCAAACUUUUUUUCCUCCCUGCCUUCGGUUUUCAGUGUGUUGCGUUGAUUUCAUACCAAAGUCAUACUUUACAUUCCACCUUUACUGUCAAAACUCUCCAAAAUAUUCAGUGAAAAUAAGAUAAAUAAAGCGGCCGAAGUAUUCAAAAGUGUGCAAAUUUGGAAGUGACUGCGGCCUCGGCAAAAGCGUAGCUUCUGAAAGUCCUCAAGUCAGGGCUCCCCAAAGAGCCCUAGAGGAGCCGCCACAAUUGCGUCAAACGAGUGGAGCGCGAACGGCAGCCCAGAGGAGGGGCGGGACGAUGGUGCUGAGGGGCUGGACAAAACUGUGGAUGGUGAUGCAGAAGGGGUGUGGAGUCCGGACAUUGAACAGAGCUUCCAGGAGGCUUUGGCCAUCUACCCACCAUGUGGUCGGCGCAAAAUUAUAUUAUCGGAUGAGGGCAAAAUGUAUGGCCGCAAUGAGUUGAUAGCCAGAUACAUAAAGUUGCGCACAGGGAAAACCCGCACAAGGAAACAGGUAUCUAGUCACAUACAGGUGUUAGCACGGAAGAAAGUACGGGAAUACCAGGCUGGAAUCAAGGUUUCUAGCCAUUUGCAGGUUCUUGCCCGGAGAAAAUCUCGCGAGAUACAGUCAAAGCUGAAGGAUCAAGCUUCAAAAGACAAGGCCCUCCAGAACAUGGCUGCUCUGUCAUCGGCACAGAUCGUCUCUGCCAGUGUGGUACAAACCAAACUAGGGAUCCCUUCACUUGCCCAACCUCCAUACGCUCCGCCAGCCAGGCAGUUCUGGACUGGCCCCAUCCCAGGACAACCUGGAACAUCUCAGGACAUCAAGCCAUUUGCACAACAAGGCUAUGCCAUGCAAGGCCCAGUUCCGCCUCAGAUACCUGGUUAUGAGCCUCUUCCUGCUCCUCUUCCGCCUGUAGCUACUGCUGUGCCAGUGUGGCAGGAUCGUACCAUUGCCUCCUCUAAGCUACGAAUGCUUGAGUACUCUGCCUUUAUGGAAGUUCAGCGGGAUCCUGACACAUUCAGCAAACACUUGUUUGUCCACAUUGGACAGACAAACCCCUCAUAUAGUGACCCCUUGCUGGAAGCAGUGGAUAUCAGGCAGAUCUAUGACAAGUUCCCUGAGAAGAAAGGAGGGCUGAAGGAGUUAUAUGAAAAAGGCCCUCAAAAUGCCUUCUUUUUAGUCAAGUUUUGGGCGGAUCUUAACAGCAGUGUGCAGGAUGGACCUGGUUCCUUCUAUGGUGUGAGCAGUCAGUACAGUAGCAGUGAAAACAUGACAAUUACAGUCUCCACAAAGGUCUGCUCAUUUGGGAAGCAGGUUGUUGAGAAAGUCGAGACAGAAUAUGCCCGGAUGGAAGGUGGUCGCUUUGUGUACAGAAUUCAUCGUUCACCCAUGUGUGAAUACAUGAUCAACUUUAUCCACAAACUCAAACAUCUGCCAGAGAAGUAUAUGAUGAACAGUGUGCUUGAAAACUUCACCAUUUUACAGGUGGUGACAAACCGUGAUACCCAGGAGACUCUACUAUGCAUAGCUUUUGUGUUUGAAGUUUCAACGAGUGAACACGGUGCCCAAUAUCAUGUCUACCGGCUUGUCAAGGACUAGGAGAGUCCUGGAAGACAACCUGCCUUAAAAUGCUGCCUGACAAUUUCUAAAACCAAAAAAAAAAAAAGCCAAACAAAGAGGUUUUAUAGGACAGUGGGUAUUUUCUACUUCAGUUACAGUUUUGUAAAAUAGGAAAUGUAUGAAGUUUAAAAACUAUGCACUAUUUUGUGUAAGAACAAGUCUUUUUGUAUUUAAAUGUUAAAAGAAUGAUAAAAUAGGCUGUCUUGGUAAUGUUCCUUGCAAUGUUUUUUCUUUUGUUAUUUCAUUUUUUCAGGGAUAACUUUUGUUUUUGUAUUGAGGAAAAUUGAAUGUGUGGAAGAAAGUUUAGGAAAUGUAAAAAAAAAAAAAAAAAAAAAAGAGAGGGAAAUGGAAAGUGAAAGAGUGAAGCUAUUCGACGUGUGUCUGUGCUCCUCAUUUCACAGGCUGGCGCAAAAGUAUGUGAUUGGCUGGGCAGUUUUUAUUUAACUGGAAGGAAGCUGCAGGGAGGAUUUCUAACGAGGCAGCGUUAAGAUGUUGAUACCCCAUUUUACGUGUGGUGUUCAGCAAAAACAGUGGUAUAUCUAGUAGCAGAGAUCAUGUCACAAAGCAGUCAUUUAUGUUUCCCCCACAUUUUUAAUUUUGUUGACAUAAUUAUGUUUUCCAACUUGCAGCUUAUAUAAUUUUGAAAGUUUUUGAGGGGAGUUUUAUCAAGUUUUCCCAAAGACAUUCAGUGUUUUAUUUUUUAACAGCACCAGGCAGGAUAUUCUGUUACUUAACUUAUUGAAAUUGGUGGUAAUAUGCUUACUUGCUCAUAAGUUCUCCUCACUUUGCAAAUUUGUAAAACUUGAUCUCUAGAAUACUCUUCAACCAUAAAUCAUUGACAGGCUAAAACUUGAUUAAAUAAUUACUAAAAUCUCUUUUAAACUGAAAUGCAAAACUCCACUUCUAGGUCUUGGCUUUCCUUUUGUGCAGACUGCUGUGAUCUUAUGAUAUAAUCUUACCUCCAAAGCCCUUAGUGGGCAAAUAUACUCAACACAUAGAAUAUGCUCAACAUAUUUGACAGUUGACUAAGUCUUCAGUGCAGUAGACCAAUUGUUUUUUGUUUUCUUUUUUAACAAACAGAUGCAGUUAUAAAAAUACAUUCUGUAGCAGUGUGUCAUCAUGGUGUAAAUACUUCCUACAUUAACUUGAAUUUUGACAUAAAGAAGGAAAGGCAGCAAUACAGCCAUGUGAGAUUAUUCAAUUUACAACAUACUGUGGAUGGUUUUUAAAUAUAUAUAUAUAAAUUUUAAUUAUUUGAGGAUAGCUUUUAUCAAAGGAUUUUAGCAAUAAUAAUUGGGAUUUAAUUUGUGUAGUCCAGACAUGAUUCCUCAGAAUAACAUUUUUGUGCACAGCCACUGCAAUCAAAUUUUCUGAUCCUGCUUUACAGAGUUACAGAGGAACAGCAGCAAUGUGUGAAGAGUAGGAAGUCAUCUUGAACGGGCCACCAGUCUGUCAGUCAUUGCUGUACAGAACAGAAAACAAUUUUGUUCUGUACUUGGGUCAUCAUUUUUCUCCUAAAACAUGAAUUAAAUAUUUGUAUGUUUAAUAAAGCUGUUUGGAGAAAACAGAAUACUUGUUUAAAGGGCAAAAAGGAUUUUUUCUAUUUUAGGACGCCGCAACAGCAGUAAAAGGCUCUAAGGCUGAUGCUGAUAAACAUUACUACUAGUCUCGGAGAACUUCUGGCUCAGUUGAAUGGGUUUGCAUCACCUGUGCUGCAGUGCUCCCUAGUGGUCUGAGAUAUAUUGUUGCUUAUUCUGUCCUGGCCACAAAAGUUCUGUACAGCUGUCUGAUGGCCUCACACAUGACAGGAGAUGCAAUCUCUUGAAGGCUUUGAUUUUUGUUUAGUUCAGUGUCUCAAAAGUAGAUGACUGGUCCCUAUUGAGUUUUGUAUCAGGGCCUUGCAUUUCCCUGUUGCUGACUUUACUAUUUUGCAUUUCUAUUGACUGUGGUGUUUUAUGUGGAAACCUCUAAUGGUGGCCCCUGCUUCCUCUUGGAAAGAAAGGAUAAAUCUGCUAUCUAGAUAUAGCAGUUCAGAUCAUGUUUGAUUUUUAUUAUUUAGUUAAACAUUCUGGUUGCUCCUCUACAAAAGUACUAUCACUAAAUGUUAUUAGAUAUGUGGUAAAGUGAGAAAAUACUGGUUGUGAAUUAAUGUAUUCAUAUGUUGGAAAUGAUGUUCUGCUGGAUAGGUCUAAUUCUGACUCGAGUAUGUAAAAGUUGAAUAUUACAGAAAUGUUUUUCCACAAGUGAAAAUUUAAACAGGGGACUCCAGAAAUACUCCUGAAUCACUCCACCACUUAUUUCCCAUUUUUUUCUUUUCAGUACGCCAGUCUUGCUUAAACAAAAUUAAAAUGAGCUAUUUUGAGAUAAGUGAUUUACAGCAUAUCAGCAGGUUUAAGAUGUUUUUAUUAAACAGGAUACAUGGAGGUACAUUAAGCUGGAGGGAAAGCAAUCACUGUCCUCAACAUUUGGAACAUUUAGUGAAAAGGCCAAAGUUUUGCUUUUUGUAGAAACAUUAAUACUCAUUAAAUUCUUUUGCCGCCUUGUUACCUGGCCUCGACCUUGAUCUAGCAUUAAAUUGUGUUCCCCUGCUGUGUACUGUUAGUUGUGAGGGCAUGGAAAUGGGCAAUUCUAACCAGCAGGUAUGUGCAAGAAUGAAAAUGCUGGAUCGGAAUAUGGACAGCACUGCAAGUGACUAAAAAGAGCUGCUGCCCCUAGCUCUUUUGCUUUGUGUUUUGUUUUUUUUUUUGUUGUUCUUGCUGUAGGCAGCCACUUGUCACCCAGACAAGAAUCAUUAACUUUAAAUUUUUUGAGUGUGAGAUUCAGUCUGCCACAGUUUAUACCCAUUUUGUUUGCAAGGUAAGGUGUGUUUUGUUUGAAGUGGGAGGGGAGGGUGGGCGUUCUGUUGGCUGGUAUUAUCUGGCUGUGGUUCCUACAUUUGCAUUGAAUUCUUGUAUAUUGUGUUGUCUAAGAUGUGAGGGGUUGUAUCAUAUAAUCGAUGUAUUGUGUAUAACCUUCAAAUAAAAAGCAUGGUGCUUAUGGAGCCAUUUGUUUCUCAAA